AUGGCUUUUCAUGGACCAAACUCAGAGUGUCACAUAAAUUGCCUACGAGUAAUGAAUGCGCAGGAAGAUUACGAUGCAUCUCAAAGAGCAGCGAUGUUAGCGGUUGAUCUAAUCAGCUCUGCUCGGGUGAUCUUCAAGGUGGACAAAAAGUACACUGAGUACUCAGCACAGUACUUGGUUGACAACGCUGGUCCCAAGAAGGAAUCCGGGCAGGGAGAGUGGGAACGAGGACGCGCGGUCACGCUGGAAGACCUGGCUGAGUACCUGAAGGACAUUGAAAUUAAUCAGGAGGUUGAGAGGGAUCCAGAACGCCCCGUGCUAACUGUGAAGGACUGCCUCGAGUGUGCAUUCAGAGACGGGUUGCCGAAAGCAGAACUUUGGGGACACUUGGGAUGUGUCUCCAAGGUUCCUCCUUUCGCUUCUCUCAUUCCUCGCGUCCCCAUGAAAGGCAAAGUGCUUGAGGCUGAGAAAUGGGAAGGAGGACGCGAGUUGUUGGGGAAGCAGCCGGUGGGAGCUAAGAUGCACGUGUUCAGUCCGGAGAUCGAUCUCGUUGAUGAUGGAGAGGGAGUCUACGAUGGCCCGGCAGGUCCUGGAUCGACCUACGUUGGACUCAGGGAUGUGAUGGUCACUGGAUAUGGGAAAAAGGGAAAGAAUGGAGAGAAGCUUGCGGAAUUGAGGAUCUGCUACAAGAAGGAGUCUAAGUUCAUCAAAGUGUCUCUAGCUCGUGUUCUUACCUCGCUACCACGUGAUGGAGAGGAGCCUCAGGUCAUUGAGCCAACGGGUCUGCUCGUCGACUUCAUUGCCCCACGCUUUACCAAGAAAAGAAGAGCUUAA